AUGUCCAGUGGACUUCCUCUCACCACCAUAUUUGGUGGAUGUCUGUCAGUGUCUGUCCCGGCUCCAGCGGUGGAGCAGGGAAGGAGUUGUGUGUUCCUGACCAGUUCCCGUAACUCCAAGAAAAUGGAGGCGGGUCGCGUUAACGGGACAAUCCAGUACUGUGCCCACACUAACUGCUGUGUCGGCUUCUUCCGUAUUAUCGAGGGCCAGCCAGUGGCAGAACUACAAGGUUGCAAAAUGGUAGUCGGUGGCUGCCUAGAUCCUGCCUGCUUUACAUCAACCACCCAUGUAGACUACAUCAGAUGUGAGUGCAGCUCAAACCUGUGUAAUGGCAACAUCACCUGGAACGCAGAAGAGAAGCAACCUCAACUCAAACACUCAUCUUACUCUGCAGAUGACAAGCAGCGUCUAUCUUUGCCAGAGGAAUCUCUGACCUCACUGUGCUCAUGCCACAUAUCAAAGCAGUCUGAUAUGGACCUGACCAGCAUGGAACUACAGCAGAUUGUGGGUAGUGGUCACUUUGCGUCGGUGUGGCAGGGAAGUUACCAAGGGACUACGGUGGCUGUGAAGGUGUUCCCUACCUGGUGCAGACAGGAGUUCACAGCGGAGAGGGAAGUGUACGGACUACCACAUCUGGUGCAUUCUGGGAUUGCUCACUUCCUGGGAGCUGGCAGGAAGUCAGAUAGCGGAGACUGUGUCCUGCUCCUGGAGCUAGCCACAUGUGGCUCUCUCAGCUCCUUUCUGUCCAAAAACAACAGUGACUGGACGACAACACUGAAGCUGGCCCAGUCUCUGUCUGAGGGACUGGCUUACCUCCAUUCUGACUUCUACAGGCAUGGGGUACACAAGCCAGCGGUGGCCCAUAGGGAUCUCAGUAGUAACAAUGUGCUUGUGAGGGACGAUGGUACCUGUGUCCUGUGUGACUUUGGCUCUUCCACCAUCCUGCGCUCAUGCGCCGGUCCACACGGCUGGCAGCGCUACAUGGUUAACGUACAGGGCCAGGUGGGGACGUUGUGCUAUAUGGCCCCUGAGCUCCUGGAUGGCUGUGUGAACCUGAGCAGUGGCUGGUGUCUCAUACAGGGAGACGUCUACUCCUUAGGAACGCUGCUUUGGGAGCUGCUGAUGCGAUGCUCAGACCUUUUCAUAGGCUGCCCAGUGCCAGAACACAGACUGCCCUAUGAAGAGGAGCUAGGGGCCAGUCCUUCUUUAGAGCAGCUCAUAGUCCAUGUAUCUGAGAGAAGGGAACGUCCUUCAGUACCCAAACACUGGAAACUGAUUAAUAUGGGUUGUCUGUUGCAGGGCUUGCAUGACAUUCUGUUGGACAGUUGGGACCAUGACUCAGAUGCCAGACUGACAGCCCAGUGUGCCAGGGACAGACUAGUGUCUCUAGCCCCCUGCUGCUCUAUAUGA